CAGGCAGGCCGGAAGCCAGAGUUGUCCUUCUUCGCCAUGUAUCAGCCGGCCUAUCCUCGCGACCGAGCUCACUUCGGAGGCGUGUCUCCCGGCUUAGCGCCCAACCUCCGAGGUGCACCCCACGGCUGGCGGUCGGCAGGAUGGGACGAUGGCGAGACCUACGUUCCACGUGAGGAGAUGGGCAUUCCGGGAACCUUGAGAGAGGACUUCCGGCAUCCGUCGCGGUCAGAGCCAUCGUACUCCGGUUGGCAGAGGGGCAGAGACCUGUACAGCGACCCUUUAGGUCCGAGCGAGCGGCAUGACUUGUAUAGCGAUCCUCGUGGACUUCGGAAUCCCCCGUAUGGCUCCAGCUUGCCGCAGGACAAGCCAAGACCCAGCUUUGGCGCCCGAGCGUGGGAGCCGCAGCGGCCUUGGGAGCCGCAGUACAGCAGGCGGCGGGAGAACCUCUUCGAAGAGCAGAGAGCCCGCGAAGCGACGUAUGGGCUUCCGCCCCCUGAGGGCCUUUCCGUGCCGGGCUUCGAGCCGUACCUUACGGAGAAGUACCUGGAUGCCUCAAGGGCGCAGGAUCUCCAUGAGCAACUUCGGCCAGAGAAAGGACCCUCACCGAAAGCGGCGGCCUUUGAAGCGCCGGAAGCCGUCAGCUCCUUGGCCAUGCAGCAGCUGCAGGGCUGCGAGGUCCAGCUGCGCGAGGCCGGGCAGCAGCUGCUUGGCACCCAGCGGGCCCUCCACAGCCUCCAGGUGACGCCUGGCCAGGCCCGGAACGACUUGGCGCAGCUGGAGGCACACCUGGAAAAGCUCCAGUGCCAGUCCAUCGACUCCGUGUCCACAGCCGGGCUCAGCUCGGAGGACCAAGAUGCGGCGCGUAGUUUUCGGAGGCAACUGACGAAGGCCGUGGAGAAGUUGCAAGGCCAAUUGGACCAGACCUUCGAGGAUUUGAAGGGCCGCUGAGAGAAUGGCGCGAAUGCACCGUGCUAGCCACCAAGUCUCUA